AUGCCAUCGACUGACACUGCCCCAGUAGCGCCCAAAAACGCCUACUACGAGAUCCGCGCCCUCCCCGGCAAAGGCUAUGGCUGCAUCGCCAUCCAGAACAUCUCACGCGGCACACGUAUCCUCACUGACGCACCGCUCUUGAUCGUCCCCAUGGCAGACUACAUGAAGACCGACAUCGAGCUCGCCUUCUCCAGCCUCGCCUCAGCCCAGAAAGCCCUCUACUUCAGUCUCCACAGCGGCCACGGCCAGCCCGCCUCCGCGUGGCCAUCACAAAUCCACCCCAGCGUCCCCGCACGCGAACGCCAGCGCAUCGAAGAACAGCAUGCAGCACGAACAGGCAAAGAGGCAACACUGAUCUCCAUCUUCCAAACGAACUGCAUGGAGAUGGGCGCCGGCGCCGCUGUCUUCCCGUACGCCGUGCGCUUCAACCACUCGUGCAAUCCCAACGCUUGUUUUAGCUGGAACGCGGCGAUCGGGAAGGAGACGAUUCAUACGAUGCGGGAUAUCAAGGAGGGAGAGGAAGUUACGAUUAGUUACGUGGACAUGGAGCAUGACAAGCGUCUGCGCGCGUGGGAGCUAAGGCAUUAUGGGUUUGUGUGCGAUUGCCCUGCAUGUGGGGAUGAGGAUGAUGAAAAGAGUUUUGCGUUCGAGAGCGCGGAGAGGAGAUUGCAAGUUCAGGAGCUUGAUCGCGAGACUCGUUUGUUGAGGGGAUUCAAACUGACGGAAGGGGCCAAGCAGCCGGCCUUUGCGAACAAGUUGCUAAAGAUGGCGGUGCUUUUGCAGGGGGAGGGAUGCUGGGAUGCUAGGCUCGCCGGUGUCUUCUUUGACAUUGCGCUCGUCUGUGAGUAUAAUGGCGACUACAAGAUGGGGGUACUGGCAGGUGAGAAGGCGCUGCAGAUUAAGAGGGGUUGCCAGGGUAUUGACUUUCCAAACUUCAAGAGGCAUGCCGAGGCUGUGGAGAGGAUUAAGGCUAGUAGGAGAAGGGAGAUGGGAGAGGCUCAUGGGUGGAAGGCUUUGGACUGCUCAAGUUCAUGA